CCCUGUCGCCUGGAUCCCACCCCUGCCCUCGGGACCCCGAACCCCAAUGAUCCUGCAGCAGCCCCUGGAGCGAGGCCCCCUGGGUCGGGCCCAGCGCGAUCCGCGGGCUGCCUCGGGGUCGCCCCGAGGCGUGGACACGAGCUCCCCUCUCCGAGGAGCCGUGCCCAUGAGCACCAAGCGGCGCCUGGAGGAGGAGCAGGAACCCCUGCGCAAGCAGUUCCUGUCCGAGGAGAACAUGGCCACCCACUUCUCUCGACUCAGCCUGCACAAUGACCACCCUUAUUGCAGCCCCCCCAUGGCUUUCCUCCCAGCUCUGCCCCCACUCAGGAGCCCUUGCUCUGAGCUGCUUCUCUGGCGCUACCCUGGGAACCUGAUCCCUGAGGCCCUCCGGCUGCUGAGGCUGGGGGACACCCCCACCUCCCACUACCCUGCAACCCCAGCUGGGGACAUAAUGGAGCUCUGAGUGCUGGUGGGCACUGCCCCUGCCCACCUUCCUUCUUCCCCACGACAGGGAGACCAGCACCCC